AUGAGGAAGCCACACAAUCCAAUCAUAAAAAAAAACCUGACACUGAGAGAAUUCAUAGAUAUAGACAAUGCAAUCCUAAGUGAAGACUUAGCAUUCCUUAAAAACUAUGUGAAUGGCACAGAGACCAGUGAUGUCCCUCAGGUAAACCUCUCUGGGGACCCACUCCUUAAUGUAAUGAUAGCCUAUGGCAGCAAGACUGAGCUGUUGCUCGACCUGAUCAAGACGAUGACGGCCGAGAGCUUGGAGGCGGAAAACAUGUUUGGCGACACGGCGCUUCACGUUGCAGCGGCCAACAAUAGAUUGGCGGUGGCCACUGCCCUCAUUAAGAAAAAUCCCCCUCUCAUUGAGUGGAGAAACAAGAAACUUGAGACACCACUCCUGAAGGCCGCUCUUUCUGGUAGUGUCGCUACUUUCCGCAAGCUGGUAAAAUGUGACAGCAACAUCUUCUGCAGAACUAUAUCCGGGGAAAAUGUUCUUCACUAUGCCAUACUGGGCAAUAAUCCAGAACUCGCCUUAGAGAUAGCACAAGAAUUUGAACAUUAUCCAGAAUUGAAAUAUGCUAGGAAUUCACAGGCAUUGACCCCUUUACAACUUUUGGUCACUAUUCCACAAGCAUUUCGAAACAGUUUGGAGUUAGGACCGGCAGAAUCAUUUAUUUAUACAUUUAUUCAAUUAAAUAGCCAUGAUGGCGAAUCCAAGGAAACUGAAAGAAAUAGAGAUGAGGAGCUUGGCGUCGAGAGUAAUGCAGAAAGGGAUAAACUUUUAUAA